AUGAACAGGCGAGUGGGCGCAGAGUCGUUCUUAGGUGUGGGAGGAGGUACUGUCUCGAAGGAAUCGCAGAAAAAUCUCGAAAAAGCAGAAGACCUUUGCCGCAAGAGGAAGCCCGAGAAAGCGCUGCCAUUUCUCCUCAAGGCGAUGGAGGAUGGCAACAACCUGGACGCGGCUGUCCAGAUGGCAUUCCUUAUGCCCAACCUAAACGUGUCCGUGAAAGUGCUUGAGGGCGCCGAAGAGCAUGGCCGCAAGCACCUUCAGCGGUCGCUCGGUCCCAAAUGCUUCGAGGACGGAAGCGACCACGUCGGCAACUUCUGGGGCAUCCUUGAGACACGCCCAUACAUGCGCGUCCUGCAAGCUCUCGUGAGGCUGUACUUCGAGAACAAACAAUUCGACAAGUCCGCCAACACUAUCAUCGAGAUGCUGCGCCUCUGCCCGGGGGACAACAUGGGGCAGCGCGAGUGGCUCCCCUCGGUGCUGCUCAAAGUCGGGCGCGCGGCGGACACGCUGUCCUUUGUGCAGUUCUGGCUCGAGGACAGCGACGAUAGGUCGUCGCCGCGGGGCGGGUGUGAGUUCGUGGCGCCGUCGCGCGCGGCGAUGGACGCGGCGCGCGUGGAGAGCCUCAGCAAGUGGUGCAUGGGCGCGAUGGCGUACUCGGGCGCGCUGGCGGCGUACACCCUCUGGGGCGACUGCCUGCUCGCGCGGCAGUACCUGCGCAUCGGUGCCAAGGUGAACCCGCAUGUGCUCAUGAAGAUCCUCGGCAAGGUGGAGCAGCCGCGCUCCCUGAACAUGGACGCGCGGACGUUCAACGGGCCCGAGCAGGCGCACGACUACCUGUGGCUAACGCAGGAUCUGUGGAUGGAGCCGUGCGUGUGGGCGUGGGCGGACGGCGACGCGGAGGCAAAGGCAUGCGUGCUGCGCAAGUGCUCCCGCCCGGACUGCGGGCGCCUCGAAGAGCGCGUCGCCGAGUUCAAGCGCUGUGGCGGGUGCAAGGAGGCCGUGUACUGUGGUCCGGAGUGCCAGAAGGAGGACUGGAAGGUUCACAAAGCUAAAUGCCAGGAAGCCAAGCGCAUCAAGGAGCUCGUUCGCGCGAUGGGCCAGGGGAAGAAGCCACCAGGCACGCCGAGCGAGGGCUACCCCCUCGCUGCCGCCGCGGAUUUCACCGCGAGCGGUAUCUCCACCCGUUUCUACAACUGA